GCCGCGUGGAGGAGUUCACCUUGCCGCCGCCCGGGAGCGGGCCCGGCCGGGCCUUCCCGCGGGGCAGGGGCGCAGCUGGGUUGCCCCUUCUCUCCCGCGGGCCCGGCCCAGCUCACCUCUGCGUCUUGGUUUUCUCCCCUCUUGUAGAUCCUUUAGCUCGACCUAGCUAUGACUUACACUCCGGCAUGCCCGCCUCCGCGACCUCCAAUGGCGAUCCCUCCAUCCUAUGCAGACCUUGGCAAAUCUGCCAGAGAUAUCUUUAAUAAAGGAUAUGGAUUUGGACUUGUGAAACUGGAUGUGAAAACAAAGUCUGCAAGUGGAGUGGAAUUCACAACAUCUGGGUCAUCGAACACAGACACUGGAAAGGUGAAUGGGAGCUUGGAGACCAAAUACAAAUGGGCUGAGUAUGGUCUGACUUUCACAGAAAAAUGGAACACAGAUAACACUCUGGGAACAGAAAUUGCUAUUGAAGACCAGAUUGCCAAAGGUUUGAAACUGACUUUUGACACAACCUUUUCACCAAACACGGGGAAGAAAAGUGGCAAAAUUAAAUCAUCUUAUAAACGUGAAUGUGUAAACCUGGGUUGUGAUGUUGACUUUGAUUUUGCUGGACCUGCGAUCCAUGGUUCAGCUGUUUUUGGUUAUGAAGGUUGGCUUGCUGGCUAUCAGAUGACUUUUGAUAGUGCCAAAUCAAAGUUAACAAGGAAUAAUUUCUCUGUGGGUUACAAGACUGGAGACUUCCAGCUGCACACUAAUGUCAAUGAUGGGUCAGAAUUUGGUGGCUCAAUUUACCAGAAAGUGAGUGACAACCUUGAAACUGCUGUAAAUCUAGCUUGGACAGCAGGCAGCAACAGCACUCGUUUUGGUAUUGCAGCUAAAUACCAGUUGGAUUCUACUGCUUCUAUCUCUGCAAAAGUGAACAAUGCUAGUCUAGUUGGAGUGGGUUACACCCAGACCCUAAGGCCAGGUGUAAAGCUUACACUCUCUGCCCUGGUAGAUGGGAAGAGCAUCAAUGCCGGAGGCCAUAAACUUGGUCUUGGCCUGGAAUUGGAGGCUUAACGUGUCUGCAGAAACUGCUGCAGGGAAGGGAUAUCAGAAGAAUUUGGCCUUAAAAAUGUGUUUCCAAUGUGACCG